AUGGGAAGAAGAUCCCCUCUUGAUAAUAACAUCAUAUUAAUACACCCAUUUCUUCACCUCUCAUUUUUCUUAGCAAGUUUUGUUGCAACCAUUGCCAUAACCACCGCUAUAUGCAGUGUCCGAUUCCUAAGAAAAUCGCAACCAAAUCCACCACAAGCCCAACCAUUAGAUAUAUCUAAAGAUUCAAAUGAAACUAGUCCAUCUUCGAUAUCACCGCUACACGGACGUGGACAUGAACAUGAACAUGAACAUGAACAUGAAAAGUCUCCUCCUGUUGAACAAAGACGAGAAACCGAAAACAAUGAGUUUCUGAUAAAAGAGUUACCUCUUCCACCUGCAAUGUUACAACCAAAAGAAUCAUUUUCUUACAAUAAUAUGAAAAGGGUAACUUCAGAACGAAAGACUUCGUUUAGUUUAAGCAUGAAAAUGCCAACUUUGCCGAGGAAUUUGUCAUUGGCAAAGAAUUGGGAUCAAAUAAAGGAGGAUAUAAAUAAAGCCAAACCCAAAACAGAAGAAUCUGUUUGGAUGAAAACAAUUAUAUUAGGUGAUAAAUGUGUUCCUGAUGAUGAACAUGAUCCUGUCAUUUUUGAAGGAAAAGGGAAGAAAAUCUCAGCUUAUCAUCCUAAAAGCUAUAGCACUAUUUCUAGACAGUGUUCUUUUCUUGAUCCUGAUGCAUUGUGUGUAUCACAAUCUCAAACACAAGAAGACAGAAUCAAUAGUAACAAAUAA